GAAAAAAAAGUACUUAAAACAUGUCUUCUGCGAUCUUGUUUUGUGCAUUGCUUGCUUCGACCUUGUCUCUAGUUUAUGCCCAAAGUCCCAAUUGCACGAAUGCCACCGCCGUGUUCACUUUGGGCGAUUCGAUUGUCGACAGUGGAAACAACAACUAUUUUGUGAACGUGAGUUUCACAAUUGCCAGAGCAAAUCACACUCCCUAUGGUGUUGAUUACCCCAAUCAAAUCCCCACUGGCCGAUUCACAAACGGAUUAGUUCUUCCUGAUUAUCUUGCUCAAUACUGUGGAAUCAACAGGGCACUCCCGUUUCUCGAUCCAAAUGCGAAUGGGGUGAAUCUAACCCAAGGUGUAAACUUGGCUUCUGGAGGUGCGGCGAUCAUAGAUGCUCUCUCCAGCAAUCUGACUCCUUACAACUUUAGCCUCCAAGUCCAGUGGUUUGCGAAUGUAACUCAGAGGCUUCAGGCUCUAGAAGGCGUGGCCGCAGCAUCAGCUCGAAUUGCAAAAGCACUCUUCAUUCUAAGCUUUGGAUCCAAUGAUUUCUCCAACAAAAACUUUAGCAUCUACCUCAAUUACACAGACGCGGACUUUCGAGCCCUCAUGAUCACCACUUUUUCGAGCAGAAUUAAGGACUUAUACAAUCUGGGAGCUCGCAAGUUUAUAAUUCCAGCGCUGGGACCUUUGGGUUGUACUCCCAUAGCGAUCACGAUCCAAUGCUUGAGCGCUGGCAACUUCUUCCCAUCUUGCCGGACAAAUUGCAACGAGAACUCAAACAAUUUGGCUUACUCUUACGACGUGGAUCUCCAGACCGCGCUCAACUCUCUCCAGGCAAACCUGACGGGAUCCAAGUUCUACUUCAACUUCGAUGCUUACAACGUGACAAGGGACGCCAUCUCAAACCCUUCCAACUAUGGCUACACGGUGGUGAAUAGAGGCUGCUGUGGAUUCGGCUUUACAGAGAUUGGAGAUGGUUGCAAUGGGACCAUGGUUUGCUCGUCCAGAUCCUCGUACAUGUUCUUCGAUGCCAUCCAUCCCGGACAAGAUCUCAUCAAAUUGCUCGCCAAUCGCUUGUUUCCAUCGCUUGCGAGCUAAUGUAAAGCUUUUCCCGCUUCAUAAAAUAAAGCUCACUCCA